GCUUGUCCUCAGGGUUCACAGGCAUUUUGACAACCAGAACAUACUGAUUUAAUUUGCAGCUAUGUUAGGUGAAACUUUAUCAAUUGUUUUGCAUUUUUACACUUUUGUUUAUCAGAUUUUUGUUCCCUGCCCACAUCCUGAGCAGCUGCUUGUGAACUCGAUCAAUCGGCAUCAGUAUCUGGGAAAAUGGUUCUUCAAGGCGGCUGUCAGUAACAGGGAGGCAGACAUCAGCAAGUUCAAGAUGUUUGACAACAUUGUCUUCACCAUGGAGGACACAGCUAAUACAACUCUGGUCUUGACUGGAAACAUGAGGAUAGGAGAUGCCUGCAUAAAACAGAACUGGACCUAUCAUAUACAGCCUGGGAGGGAUGACCUGCUGCUACAAGGAAGGCCACAGCGCAGGAACAUGCUCUGGAACGGCACCUGGGCCAACUGCCGCGACUGCAUCAUUAUCCAGGAAGUAGAGCCACCUCUAAAACAGACCGACUCAAAGGACUCCCUCAACAGAUUCAUGUUAUAUUUGCGGCAGAAAGAUCUCGACUCUGAGGUGGUGACAACAUUUCUUAGAAAUUCAGCUUGCCUUAACCUGAAGGAGAGUGUCAGACUACCAUUUGAGAAAGCAUUUUGCAGCUAGAUGUGAGGCCCACUUACUGCCUGAACUAGCUGAUGCUCCAAGGUUGCUUCAUGCUCGGUGACCUUACCGUCAUUUCUCCCGUUUCUUACAGGAGGCUUUGGAAGAACUUGAUUGUUUGUAAUUAUGAUCAUUUGUCUUUCCUGUGCAGCAGUGAAGUGUAAUAGAUUAAACUGGCCUCUGCAACAUUGUUAUAAUGUUGUUAAACUUUGUUUGUCAAAAGACUGCAAUGAAGAACAAAGACAUCAGGAAGUCAUCCCAGACCCAGGAACUGGAGAUGCAGCUGCUGAGGGCACAAGACCCAGCAGAAAUCCACCCAUCAAAAAAAUAAUCCAGGAAAUCCAAACAAUCACAGAAAUACAUGUUCACAUAAUUUAAAGUUUGUCUGUUGAAAUAAAUAUUUUACUUUUUUCUUCUGGGCUUAUCAGAGCAGCAUUAAUGUGAUGCUGUGACCUGCAUCAUCAGAUGUAAAACGUAUAUUUCAAAACAAUAAAAGCUUCAUCAUUUGAAACACUCA